UCCAACCUAUUUAUUAAAGCUUCCACACUACCAACCUGGCCUUUUUAUGAGCGAGAAUUGAGAAUACACACAAAAUCAAAACUGUCCCGCCCAACGCCGUGUCAGUCCGCAGCAAGUUGUACCGUUGUACGGCCAAGAUCGCGCAAGAAGAAUCCACGCUGCAAAAUCUGCGAUUACAUUUACCCAGCUAAGCCCAUCGCAAACUUCUUACGAGGGAAUCAUCAAACGCAAGCGUGACUGAAGAAGUCUGUUAGACCUUGAAGGCUUGGACAGUCGAAGACAGAGUUCAAACACCGUCUCCAUUCUCCACUGCCGGCAUAGGAGAGCGCGGCAGCAAGCAUGAGCCAACCGGGCGAGCCAUACGCAACCGCCACGUUAUCGUCAAUACCUGUCUAUGUCUACGCUGUCUCGGGACUUUUGGUUGGGGUUCUCUUGGGGACCCAGGCGCUGGGGGUGUGGCUGACGGGGUUCCGGAGACCUGUGGUGGUGCGUGGGUCGAAGCUGGAGGAAUAUUGAAUGGGAAAAUAAGGUACGGGAUCAGUUCAUCCGCAAGGGAGAUUUGGGACAAGACAAGACGGUGGAUUAUGUAUUCUGUUUGGGGGUUGAUAAGUACUGAUAUGUCAGUGUGGUUCAGAAUUGAGGGUUGGAAAGGUAUUGGAGUGUUAUAUUGCGACAGCAUUUUGAGCAUAAGUAGUGAGAGGGACUGAUUUGACUUGGGUAUUGUAUCAAGAAUAAGCUAAACUUUGAGACUGGCCUGGCUUAUAGUUUAUGUUCGCUCUUCCAUAUGGAUACAUGUACCCAGUGAGAUUUUGGGAUUCUCCACUAGAUGCGGAUAUUUCGCAUCGUAAAUACCAUCAUUUAAGCACAGGGUGCCAAC